AUGGCAAAAAUCUGGUUUAUCACUGGGUCCUCCCGCGGUCUUGGCCUUGCCAUCACCGAAGCUGCUCUCAACAACGGAGACUCUGUUAUCGCUACCGCUCGCAAACCGGAACAGCUCGGCCACCUGGUCGAGAAAUUUGGCAUCGAGCGCGUCCUCCCAGUCGCUCUCGACGUGACCGACAACGACCAAGUCGUCCAAGCCGUCAAGUCCGGAUUCGAGAGAUUUGGACGAAUCGACGUCGUUAUCAAUAACGCAGGAUACGCCAAUACUGCCGCCGUCGAAGAUAUCGAUGUCGAGGACUUUUGCGCUCAGGUCAAUGCCAAUCUCAUGGGCGUAGUCUACGUUUCCAAGGCCGUGCUCCCUAUCUUGCGUCAGCAGAAGUCAGGCCAUAUUUUCCAGGUCUCCUCGCUUGGGGGACGUAUCGGUGCCCCUGGCCUUUCGGCCUACCAGUGUGCUAAGUGGGCCGUCGGUGGAUUCUCCACGGUUUUGUCUCAAGAAGUGGCUCCCUUUGGUAUUAAGAUCACUGUUCUUGAGCCCGGUGGUAUCAGGACCGAUUGGGCUGGCUCGUCCAUGCAGGUUCCCCCGGUGAGCGAGCCCUACCGGGGAACAGUCGGUGCCUUUGCCGAGUACCUUCGCAAGUCAUCUGGAAGCGAGGCGUCUAUCCCGAGCAAGAUUGCAGAUAUUGUGCUGAAGCUCUUGGAUGAAAAGGAGCCUCCUUUGCGCCUUCUUGUUGGCCCUGAUGCAGUUGACUAUGCUGGGAAGGCUGCCGAGGCACUCAGUGCAUCCGACAAGAAGUGGCGCGAACUUAGCAUUUCUUCAGCUUAA